UCGUUAUGAGUUUAAACGAAGCCGUCGGGAAAUAAUAAAUUCGGCUCGGAGUUUAAAAAACUGGCGUUCUCACGCACUUCCGCUGAACAUCUCGCGAGAUCAAGUUUCCUUGACAACAGUACACCGUGUUUUCAUGGAGGCGUCUGAGCGACAAAAGAUUCAACUCAGAACCAACCAGCCAUACGACGAGAGUUUUGAGGUGAAUGCAGAAGAAGCGACCAGUGUGCACACACCAUCCCCAAGACAGAUAGUUUCCAGGAGGUCAGGCAGGCAGAAGCACAGCGCCAUGGCCUCUUACGCUGGCGAUAAACUAGAAGAGGACACUAAAAGAAAAAAAGAGCCACCACUUGGUGCCCGUGCUUCUAAUCAGAACGAUGAAGAAGAUGAAGAGGAUGAUGACGACGAUGAUGACGAAGAUGAUUCUGAUGACUCAGAGUCUGAUGAAGAAGAAGGGGAGCCCGGAUCUGCUCCAGAAGGUGCAUACGACCCAGCCGAUUAUGAACAUCUUCCUGUGACAGCGGAGAUCAAAGAGCUUUUUCAGUACAUCACAAGGUAUACUCCACAGACGAUAGAGCUUGACCACAAAUUGAAGCCCUUUAUCCCUGAUUUCAUCCCAGCUGUGGGAGACAUUGAUGCUUUCCUCAAAGUACCAAGGCCAGAUGGGAAGGCCGACAAUCUGGGUCUCCUGGUUCUGGAUGAGCCGUGCACGAAACAGUCAGACCCAACAGUGCUUUCCCUGUGGCUCUCAGAGAACAGCAAACAACACAACGUUGCCGAAGUGAAAGUAAAGAGCGUUGAAAACCCAGAGAAGAACCCGAAAGCCAUAGACAGCUGGAUCGAGAGCAUUAGUGAGCUGCAUCGGUCCAAGCCUCCAGCGACUGUACACUACACCAGCCUUAUGCAAGAGUGGCGCCUGAGUUUGAGAGCUUUUAGGAAGGUCAAUCUUCCCACAGCAGAUAUUGACUGUGAUUUGGCAGAGUAUGUUGACAUUAUUUGUGGAGUCCUGGACAUCCCUGUGUACAAGAAUCGGAUUCACUCACUUCACGUCCUGUUCACACUUUACUCCGAAUUCAAAAACUCACAGCACUUUAAAUCUGUAGCGGAGGGCCAGAAAUCUGACACACCGCCUGCUUCGCGUACAGCCACUGCUGAAUUAGAAAGACUCACUUUGGACUGAGGUCUCCUUCAUGGCCUAUUUUCUGACAUCCUGUUUUGUUCUUAGCUGUUUGUCACCAGUUGUGUGAAGUUAAAUUGUUUUGCGUCUUGGACUCAUAUGUUUGCAUUUAACAGACUUUUAAUUAAAAAAAAUCUGUAGAUUGAGAACUGUAGUCUGCCCUCAAAAAUAAUCAAAUCUACUACAUCA